UAGCUAUAUAUUAACAUGCUAGGGUUAGGUUUAACUUCAGAAUACAAGAGAGAGUCGAUCAAAAUUUUCAAUAAAGUCAUCUACCCCAUAAUAAUUUUCAUUAUUUUUUUUAGGGGUUUUUAAUAAUUUGAAAAAUGAUGAAAAAGAGACAAGUUGUGGUGAGAAGGAUCAGCAGUGGAUCAUCGACGAUUAGGAACAUACGAUACGUUGAAUGUCAAAGGAACCAUGCGGCAAAUAUCGGAGGCUACGCCGUCGACGGCUGCCGUGAAUUCAUGGCAACCGGAGAUGAUGGAACCGCCGCCCUUACUUGUGCAGCAUGUGGAUGUCACCGGAAUUUUCACCGGAGAGAAGUUGAUGGCGGCGAAGUUGUUUCUGAGUCCUCUUAGAUCAUAUGAUUCGUCCAAGAAAAUAUUAAUUAAAUUAAAGGUGAGUUUUAAAUUUAUGUAUCAGAUAAGUUGAUUAUAGUUUUAUAAUUUCAUUGUGCUUUGUGCUUGAAUAUUUUUGUGUAUAAUUUGAUGUACAAAAUUGAUGAAUUCCAGCUAAAAGAAGAAUCUUUCUUGUAACUCAAACAAGAUAUAUAUAUAUAUAAAUUAUUA